AUGGCCAUCUUUGAAUAUAUGAACGUUGAAGAUGUAUGGACAAUAUUUUUCAAUAUGAAUUCAAGAUUUAAUUCACUUGUAUUUGAUUCACGUCUUCGAUUAACAGCCGAUGUAUCAAAAAUCGAUAAAUCAAAUUUUGAUAAUUUUUGUUUAUCAUUAAUAAAUACGAAUUUUAGCAAUAUAUUUACAUUAAUUCUUUCAAAUAAUUAUUAUCGUUAUCCACAAAUUCGUUCAUUUCUAUCACAAACGAACUUUACUGUUUUUCAAUCAUUACAUGCAAUAACAUUAAUCGAUAUAAAUCAUGAUGAAUUAAUCGAAGUAACAAAACAAAUGAAAGAAUUACCAUAUUUAAAUUAUUUUCAUGUUAAUACACAUGAAAUUUUUUAUGAUAAAGAAUUAGCGAAUAUAACACGUGCAUUACUUGAUCAAUCAAAUAUACGUGUGUCUAUACUUUGUCUACAUGAAAAACUUCAAUGGCUUGAAACUGAAAGUAUAUCAUCAUGUAAUGCUGAAGUUCUUUCUUUGGAUUUCAUUAAUGCUGAUCGUUUAUUUUCUCUUUUACCAAACUGUCCACGUCUUCGUUCACUUUCUCUUACACUUGAUCCUCGUACAAGUUUACCUAAAAUACCAGAAGAAACUCUUUCACCUACAUUGAUAUUAAAUACAUUUGCUCAAAUAACAUAUCUUCGUUUAUGUUUUCGUCCAUUUGAUCCAUCUAUUCUUGAUCGUUUAUUAAAUUCUGUACCGUCCGUAAGACGAUUCUCAUUGGAAACUCUUGUUUAUAAUACUGAUUAUAUACGUUCACCAUAUUGGACAUUACUUUUACAAUCACAAUUACCAUUAUUAGAACGUAUUCGUUUAAUAAUACGUGGUUGGUUUGUUUUAAAAACAAGUAAUAAUAUUAAUAAUGAAAAAUUUGAUGAAGCAAGUGUUAUUGAUAGUUAUCGUUAUGAUCGAUAUUGGCUUGAUCGAGCAUAUAAACGUAAAUUUCAUUGUAAUGUCGAUUCGUAUUCCUAUACAGCCAUGCUACAAAUUCGAUAG